AUGAAGAAAGCUGGAAAUCCUGUAACCAAUCGUGCUGCAAUAAAGAAAUUGCUUGACUCGCUCCCCAAGGAAUGGAGCCUGCAGUGUAUGAUGAUCAAGAAGGAAUUCCUCAACAAUCCUAAUCCUGUUACUCUGUCAGAUCUGAUCAACACUCUAAGGGCAUUUGAAAUGGACGUAAACAAGAGAGAGAUGAACACUGCUGGAUAUCAACCUAAAGCAACUCAACCUUCAGCAGGACUGAAGAAUGUAGCGUUUCUCGCUUCAGGGGGCAUUACUCCACAAGCUUCUGAUCUAAUUUAUGCAAAUGCUUCCGCAAGCGCAUCUAAAGCCCCACAACUUGUUGAGAAAACGAUCACUGUCGAUACUCAAGCACUGAAAGUUUCAACCGAGAAUGUGGCACUCUUUAACACUUUCCUAAGCAGCUAUGAAGCCCUAAUGUCUGGGGAAUUGAAGAAGGAGAUGUUUACUGCCGAAGACAUGUAUCAGAAGUUUCAAGACAAGACAGGCAAGCGAUUAGGUCUUGGAAAAGCUGGUUUUGACAAGUCUAAGCUGAGGUGCUACAACUGUAAGAAUCUUGGACACUUCAAGCGUGACUGUCCGAUGUUGAAAGAGGGAAACAGUGAAGCUACUCCUGCUGCUAAACAGAUCACUGCCGAAGAAAACAAAAGCAACGCUUCUCCCAGUACGCCAAAGGCUUUGGUUGUUGAAGACUAUGACUGGAGCGAAGAGAUCACUGAAGCUAAGGAACAAGUCAACAAAGCCCUGAUGGCCAAAAUCUCUAGUGAAUCAUCUGCAAAGCACUUUGAGAAGCAGACAACGGGAAUCCCAACUGGAAACAAUGAUGCUGACCAGGGAUUGAAAGGUAUUCUGCCUUCAGUGGAGUCUGGUGAUAAAGCUGAAAAAGAUGCUGAGAAAGGAAAGGAUAAAGUUCAAGCUACAGCCAUGAAAGCAGAUGCAUCAAAAGAGAAGGCUGACAAAGACUUGAUUCCAUUGAGUGUAAAGAAGAUGUGUGCGAUGAUGAUGGAGACUGCGGAGGGUCAAAAAUAGGAAUUGGUUAUUCAGGCGACAGUUAUUCCACCGUUAACUGGUUCGUCUGGAAUUGUUCUAAAAACAAUGUUAAGGAUGAAUGUAAUAGUUUAAGUAGGAUGGAUAACUGUAAUGGCCAAGCGCCUAAAACUAAAUCUGUGGAUGACUGUAAAGGCCAUGUGCCUACAUUUGAGACCCGUGAUCAUGAACCUUAUGUGUCUGAAUGUCAUGGUUUGAAUUAUGCGUGUCGUGAUGAUAAUGUUGCUUGUGAAUCUCCUGUAUU